AUGUCUAAGUUUUUCGACCUUCCUGGAUCGCAUAAGCCGCCAAUUACGGCGGAAAAUGAGGAGCAAAGGCAAUUGAGCGAACGUAACGCGGAUAUGACCUAUUUCGAUUACGGUGCUACAGAACGGGUUGCUAGUGUAAAAGAAUCCGAGGAUACAAGUAAGGGUAAAUUGGGUACAUUCGAUGGGGUCUUUGUUCCGACAACUUUAAAUGUUCUCUCGAUUUUGAUGUUUUUGAGAUUUGGGUUCAUCAUAGGACAGAUGGGGGUGCUGGGAACUAUAUUUUUGCUUGUGUUAAGUUACGGGAUCAACCUUUUGACUACUUUAAGCAUUUCAGCUAUUUCGACUAACGGCACCGUCCGCGGCGGAGGCGCCUACUACAUGAUAUCGAGAAGUCUAGGUCCAGAAUUUGGAGGUUCAAUUGGACUUAUUUUCUUUUUGGGCCAGAUGCUUAAUAGUGGAAUGAAUGUACUGGGUAUUAUUGAGCCCUUGAUGUAUAACUUUGGCUCCAAAAUUGACCAGGAAACUCCCGUCUUAUUUCCAUUGUUGAAAAGAGGUUAUUGGUGGGAGUUUUUCUACGCUUCUGUGAUUCUUCUGGUAUGCCUUGGUGUUGCCCUUGUUGGUUCAGCGACUGUCUCUCGUGCGGGUAAGGUGCUCUUCUGGCUGCUACUGAUUUCAACGUUAUCCGUCCCCAUUUCGGGCAUCCUAGUUUCGCCCUUUGAUGACGGCGAAAUUUUGUACUCAGGUCCUUCGUUACAAACACUAAGGGAAAACUUGUAUCCACAUUUUACUCGGCACGCUGCAGGGUCCUUGUUGAAAGGGACGGAGACGUUUAACGAUCUCUUCGGUAUUUUUUUUCCAGCUACUGCAGGUAUUUUUGCUGGUGCUGGAAUGAGCAGCGAACUAAGAGAACCAUCCAGGUCCAUACCGAAGGGGACACUUUGGGGACUAUGCUUAACUUUUGUCUGCUACCUCGUGGUAAUUUUGACGAUUGGGCUUUGCGUUCCGCGUGAAUCUCUUUAUAGGGAUGUCCAGAUUCUUCAAACGAUUAGCGCCUCCCAAAUUGUUAUACUUAUCGGUGAGUUGUCGACGUCUCUAUUUUCAAUUAUCGUUGGUAUUGUUGGGGCCGCCUAUGUUUUGGAGGCAAUUGCCAAGGAUUCAAUCUUUCCGGGUAUCUCAAUUUUCGAAAAACGUCCUUUAUUCUCCGUCUUAUUCACUUGGCUCCUGACGCAAUUGUGCCUAUUUUCCGAUGUGAAUAGCAUUGCCACUUUUAUUACAAUGACUUUUCUGAUGACAUUUGUGGUUAUGAACUUGGCUUGUUUUCUUCUAGAAAUUUCCUCAGCGCCCAAUUUCCGGCCAUCUUUCACAUAUUUUGACUGGUAUACCGCUUGUAUUGGUGGUGGCCUAGCGAUAGUUGCAAUGCUCAUUGUAGAUCCAGUUACGGCUUGCUUAGUCAUGCUUGUGAUUUCAAUGAUCUUUGUCGUCAUCCAUUUGUUUUCUGCACCAAAACCCUGGGGCGAUGUUUCUCAAAAUAUCAUAUACCAUCAGGUUCGCAAAUAUCUCUUACGAUUACGACAGGAUAAUGUAAAGUAUUGGAGACCGCAAAUAUUGCUGCUAGUGGACAAUCCCAGAACAAGCUGGAACUUGAUCAAGUUUUGUAACAACUUGAAAAAGGGUGGCCUUUAUGUAUUGGGGCAUGUUACUGUCGGCGAAAGUUUCCAAAGCGAAUAUGAAGAGAUGCGCAAACAAAACAAAGCUUGGGUUAAGAUUAGAGAUAUGGCCAAUAUAAAAGCUUUUGUUCAGGUCGGCACUGGCCCAACACUUCCUUGGGGUGUGAGAAAUGUAUUUUUGGGCUCAGGGCUGGGUGGAAUGAAACCCAAUAUUACCGUACUUGGAUUUUUCGAUUUGGCCAAUUACUACAGGUCCAGGGAAGGCGGCGCGGAUGACAGGCCAAGAGCAAAGCAAUCAAGCUUAUCUGCAAGUCAAUUAAAUGGAAGUGUUGCAGUUGAGAUCCCUAAAUAUCCAGGGCUUCUUCCGACCGACGUUUGCAAAAAUGAGCGCAAGAUUAAAGUACAACAGUGGGUUCAGAUCCUCGAGGAUCUCUCACUCAUGAGAAGCAACAUUGCUGUUUCUAAAGGUUUUCAAGAUCUUUCGCUUCCCAGUAAGCAUGAUAAGGUCAAGGAAAAGAAAUUCAUCGAUUUAUAUCCCAUUCAAAUGUCGGCCAAAGUCGUUGUUGAAGAAAAUUCUGACAAUCCAGAGGGUAUUUUGGCCACCAAUUUCGACACAUACACCCUCAUUUUACAACUAGGAGCUAUUUUGGUCACCGUCCCUUCUUGGAAAAAAACGCACCGCUUACGCGUGGUGGUAUUCACAGAAAACCAAUCUGAAACUUAUAAUGAGAAGAGGAGAAUCAGCAGCUUGUUGGAAAUUCUUAGAAUCGAAGCUGAAGUUCUUGUAUUAUCUCUAGAUCAGUUCAGGGUCUAUAAUACCAUAAUCAAAGGAGAUAAAAUCAAGAUGGAAGAGGUGUCCUCCGCUCUGAAUAACGAUCCAUGGUGGAAUGAACUGAAGGCGGCAAGAGAAACUCAUCGCACGCGACGCAGAUUUAGUACAGCUAUGGUGCCCACAUUAGCCACAAAAGGUAUUUCUACUCGGAAUGCUCCAAGAUACAAUGUCUCUAAACUACAAAGACUCGGGGUCUCGAUGUCAAUGACUUCGAAUGUCCUGAAAAACCACCUAGAGAUUCCUGAUAUAUCUGAUGAUGACGAGAAUUAUCCGGAUCCAGACUCCGACCUCUUCGAAGGUUCGACAGAUACUGUUGGAACAAUAAAAGACUCUAACUCCGGCAAAAAGAACCUUCCUCCCUGGGUUGUGGGACAGAAGAACACCACACGCCCUAAAAAUACUAAGUUUUCAGAUGAAAGAUCUGUGAGGUCUGUUAUGCCAGUGUUCUCUAGCGACGCCCUUCCGAAGACGAAAGUGAUUGAGGAGGCAAGCGGAGAUCAACCAUCUCUUAUUCCCGUUGUUGAAGACAACAUUCACCCUACGUCUAUGAAGGAAAGUGGUCGGAAUCUACCUCUCCCCCCACUCUCUCCCUGUCAGUCUAGCGAAAGCUUGCUCGCUGAUCUACAAAGGAUAUCGUUCAAUGACGUACCCAGCCGAGGUCAACAUUUAAUUCUGAACGACGUCAUGACGCAGGUAUCCAGACGGUCAGAUCUGAUAUUCUCGACACUGCCUUUACCUGCGCUCAAUACUCAUAAGAACGAAGAAGAAAGUCUAGAAUACGUUGAAAAUCUAAACGUUUGGUUGGCCGAGCUGCCCCCUACAAUGCUGAUAAACUCUAAAUCUACAACCGUUACAACGGCACUAUAG